AUGUUAAUAUUACAACUUUUAAUACUGCUGUUCGGCGUGUAUUUUGCUAACGCAGGAUAUGGGGCAGCACCGGCGGCAAGCUCACAACCCUAUGUAGAGGCCCCUUCGUACGUUCCAGCAUACUCGCGAAAUAAGCAGGUUAACAGAUAUUCUUACACAAAAUCUAAUUCCUAUACAAAAACAGGAUAUAAUGGCCAGCAAAAUGGGUAUGCUGGUACUAAAAACGGUUAUGCCGGUACCAAAAACGGAUCCCCUGGCGCCGGUUACGGCGGUGGCUCGUACACUAGUUACGGUGAAAGACCGGGUACUGGAAUAGAACAAUCCGAUGUACAAGCCCCUUCGUAUGUUCCAGCCUACGCGCAAAAUCAUCAGGUUAACAGUUAUUCUGGCACAAACUCUAACACCUUUAGGCAACAAAAUGGGUAUACAGGAUAUACCGGUACUAAAACCGGGUAUACGGGUACUAAAACCGGGUAUACGGGUACUAAAACCCGGUAUACGGGUACUAAAACCGGGUACGCCGGUACUAAAACCGGGUACACCGGUACUAAAACCGGAUACACCGGGAACGGGUACGGUGGUGAUACCUACACCAGCUACAGUCAAAGCCCGGGUAAUGGAAUAGAGCCAUUUCUCCCCGAGGCGUCGUUUGCGAACUGCAACCCGCAAUGUAUAAACAACGGCAUCUGCGUAGGAAAGGACAAGUGCAAAUGCCCAUCAAACUUUUAUGGCAAUAUCUGCGAGUUCGAGAAGAAAGCCUGCCCUUUCCACCCGCCGCUUCCUAUGAACUCAGCUCUGAAAUGUUCUGAUUAUUACUGCACAAUAUCAUGCAAGGAUGGUCACAAAUUCCCCGAUGGCUCAUCUAUUCUGAACAUGCAAUGCAUCGAAGGGAGCUGGCAGUCUGUCUCGGACCCGCUCAUGAAUGCGUUGAGCGACUGUUCGCCGGAGUGCAAUCCGCCGUGUUUGAAUGGUGGAUUUUGUUUGUCAGUCAAUGCAUGCCAGUGCCCGACGGAUUACAGAGGACCGCAGUGUCAAUAUGCGGCGAGUGUGUGCGACAUGCGCAAGCUAGUAUUCAACGGGGCGUACAAAUGCAAGGGCGACGGCGAACGCUACAACUGCGUCCUGACGUGCCCUCCUGGUUCCACGCCGACCUCAACUUUAGCCGACGUUUACACCUGCACGUAUGAUACGGGCGUGUUCCAGCCACAACCUGUACCAAACUGCGUUUACGACUAUGAAAAGGUGGUUAUUCAGCCGCACAAUCAUGUUACGUCGUUUUCCCAUUCCGGAACCUCAUACUCGUACUAUAACUCUUCAAGCGGAACUCAGACGGGCGGAAGUGGCACUAUGACGCUUUUGCAGAAUGUUACACCCAAAGGAGGAGAAUGCAUGGCUACUCCUGGCGUAUCUUCUUAUACUUUUGACAAUCGCUAUUACAGCUACCAUUCCACAUGCCCACAUAUACUGGUCCGCGACGCAAGAGACCGUACGUACAGCGUAAUAGUGCAGCGGGGUGUCUGUCCAGAAAAAGUCCAUUGCCCCGGCGCCAAGUUGAUCGUCUUUUUGGAGGACAUACGCUACGCAUUCAAAGUUGGCGAUGACGGGUCCGUGGCGUUCCGCAGCAGGCGUGGCGCGAUCCCCAUCCCGGCGUCGCUGCCCGGCAUCAGGGUCUCGAAGUCUGGCGGUUUCAUCAACAUUGACUUUGACGCGCAAGGGGUUGCCGUGCGCUGGAAUGCUCUCGCGAACUUCGUAACAGUAAGCGUAACAGCGCGACAAUGGAACACGACGGAAGGUCUGUGCGGCACGUUGAAUGGCGACCCGAAUGACGACUUCACGACUACUCCAAACGUGUUUGCUUCGUCGUGGCAAUUUAACGAGAUUGGCGAGGUGUGCACAAAUGACUACACGGAAAGAAAUACGUCGGUUAAAGUUAAAAAAGAAGCGCUAAAAUUCUGCACGACGCUCCUUAACAAGGAGAAGUUCAGGAAGUGCUCCAACUUUGUGGACGCGUCCAUGUUCCUGGAGACCUGUCAAUUAGAUUACGCUGAUUGUCUUUCAGAUCCUGAAGAUUGCGCUUGUAAAACUGUAUCCUUGUACGCUAGUGAGUGUCUAAGGCACGGCGUAAACGAAAUGGUCACCUGGCGAGAUGAUGACACUUGUCCGGUGGUGUGCCCCGACAGCAAAGUGUACAAAUGCGGUACAGAAUCUCAGCCAAGCUGUGCGUCCCCCCUGGCAUCUACAAAGCCUGAAGGAUCAAUCUGUGUGGAGGGCUGCUACUGCCCCGAAGGCUUACUGCUAGAGGAGUCUCGGUGUGUCAGCAAAGAAGAGUGCCAUUGUCGCUUGAGGAACAAAAGUUUUAAACCUGGAGAGAAAGUUCGUCAAGAUUGUAAUGAAUGCACCUGCGAAGCUGGCCAAUGGAAGUGUUCGACUACAGCUUGCCGCGCUCGUUGUUCGUCUAUUGGCGACCCACAUUACACCACCUUCGACGGCCUUAAAUAUGACUUCAUGGGACACUGCACCUAUACCCUUAUGACCGGUGACAACAUCACCAUUGACGUGGAAAAUGUCGCUUGCUCCGGGGCUGUUAGUGAGGCAAUGAAUCUAACCCCUUAUAAAGGCGAAGGCAAGCCAUCUUGCACGAAAGCCGUUACAAUCAACUACGGCGCAGUGAGCCUGCACCUCAAACAAGGCGGGUAUAUUCUCAUCAACGGCCAAGAAGUUACUACAUUGCCUGCUGUGGUCGGAGAUAUUAAAAUUAGGGCAGCUUCUUCACUGUUUCUUACUGUACAACUGCCUAAUAAAGUGGACAUUUGGUGGGACACCGUGACUAGAGUAAUUAUUGAUGUGCCACCGGAAUUCAAAGGCAAGACCAAGGGUCUUUGUGGAACUUUCAAUAUGAACCAAAAAGACGACUUCCUCACCCCCGAAGGCGAUACAGAGCAAUCGGUCUACGCGUUCGCAAACAAGUGGAAGACCAGGGAGUUCUGUGAUGACAUUUCGACGAUAGAACCCGUGCACCCUUGUACCGCUUACGUGCAAAACAAAGAAGCCGCUGAGAAGUACUGCAGCAAAUUGAAGAGUAAUCUGUUUAAGAGCUGUCAUUGGUAUGUGGACGUGGAGGCGUACUAUACCUCGUGUUUGUACGACGUGUGCGCGUGCGACGGCGACGUGUCACGUUGCUUCUGCCCGUGGCUCGGCGAGUACGCCAUGGCCUGCGCGCAAUCAGGGGUCAACAUUCAGUGGCGGUACAAUGUCAAAGAGUGUGAACUAUCCUGCAAUGGUGGGCAAGAAUACACAGUGUGUGCGGACAGCUGUCUGCGUACUUGUACUGACCGUGCUGUUUCCAACAGCGAUUGCAAGCCCAGUUGCGUUGAGGGCUGCGCUUGCCCUCCUGGACAGCUUCUUGACACCAACAACGUGUGCGUACCGGAGGCCCAGUGCCCUUGUUUCCAUAAAGGGCUGCAGUUCAACGCGGGCUACAAAGAGACCAGGCCGGGGAAAAGGGAGAGGGAGUUAUGUACGUGUGUGGGCGCACACUGGGAGUGUCAGCCGGCUUCACCCACGGAUCUCGUGCAAUACCCGCCUGCUGAGGAUCUGAACAACUGCAGCGCUGCCAAGCACAUGGAGUUCACCACUUGCAAUGCUGCCGCCCCGCUUACCUGCAAGAACAUGCACCUCCCGGUAACGCCAACAGCGACAGAAUGCCGCGUGGGUUGUCGCUGCAUGAAAGGCUACGUUCUAGACGUGACGGGAAACAAAUGCGUGCGUCCGCAAGACUGUCCGUGCCACCACGGCGGGACCAGUUACCCCGAUGGACAUGUCAUGCAGGAGGACUGCAAUACUUGCGAGUGCAAGAGCGGGAAGUGGGAGUGCAGUAAGCGCGCGUGCGCCGCUGUGUGCUCGGCGUGGGGUGACUCGCACGUCACCACCUUUGACGGUGCCAACUAUGACUUCGAGGGCGUCUGCACCUACUUGCUGGUCAAGGGAGCCAGAGACGUCAAUGACGGCUUCAGCGUAGAGAUACAGAAUGUCCCUUGCGGUACUACAGGCGCGACAUGUUCAAAGGCUGUGACGCUAAAGGUUGGUGAAGAAGCAGUCACGCUCACCAAGGAUGUGCCUAUCCCGAACCUUUCCACAAUCAAGAGGAUUAAACUUCGCGAGGCGGGGUCAUUCGUGUUCUUGGACGUACCGUCGCUUAGCAUGAGUAUGCAAUGGGACCGCGGCAUGCGGGUCUAUGUCAAAGUCGACCCUAAUUGGCAGGGCCGUGUGGCUGGUUUGUGCGGUAACUACAAUUCAGACAUGCGCGAUGACUUCCAAGGCCCCACAGGCGGUAUUCCUGAGUCGUCAGCUCUACUUUUUGUCGAUUCAUGGAAAAUGAAGGAUACUUGUCCCAAGCCUACUGAGGUUACUGACCAUUGCAAAGAACGCCCCCACCGCAAAGCGUGGGCGUCGGCAAUUUGCGGGGCCCUAAAACGGUACCCGUUCAACCUGUGCCAAAGCGAAGUGCCCCCCAACGGGUACAUUGAGCGUUGCGAACGCGAUGCCUGCGCCUGCGACUCGGGAGACGACUGCGAGUGCACUUGCAACGCUCUGGCUGCGUAUGCGCAACAUUGCGCUAACAGAGGCGUUGUCAUCAAAUGGCGUAAUAAUGAUUUAUGCCCGAUGCAAUGUGACGAGGACUCUUGGCAUUACGACAGCUGCGUUUCGGCUUGCCCAAUGGAGACAUGUGACAACACGCUCUACUACCCCGAGAUCAAAACGCUGUGUCAAUAUGAUGCUUGUGUCGAAGGCUGCAAACCAAAGGUAACUUGCCCAGAAGGCUUUGUAUAUAAGGACGCUAACUUUACGGACUGCGUACCUCGCACGACCUGCCGGUCGAUCUGUAUGACCUUGCCGGACGGAAAAGAAAUACUGGAAGGAGAGGUCGUCGAAGAGGACGAUUGCCAUACUUGUCACUGUUUCAAGAAGCAGAAGAUUUGCAGUGGAAAGCCUUGUGCAACAACCCAUCCUACAGUGGAAUUGCUGUAUACAACACCGCCCCCGCUGGGCAAUAAUCAACUGAAAUGCUUGUCCGGCUGGACUCCGUGGAUCAGUAGAAGCAAUCCCAAGCCCGAGUCCAAGGGACAAUCCAUCGUCAAGGAACCGCUUCCAGAAAUGAAUGAACUGCAAAUCGGCGAGCCAAUGUGUGAUUCAGGUAUGAUGAAAAAGAUUGAAUGUCGAACAAUAAAGGACCACAAGGACGCAAAGGAGACGGGGCUGAACGUCGAGUGCAGCCUGGAGCGAGGUCUGGUCUGCGAGGGACCUGGGGAUCUCUGUCCCUACUUUGAGAUUAGAGUUUUCUGCGACUGUGGUGAAUUCCAAUGCCUGGACUCUGUUCAUCCAAACCACCCUCACCCUACCGACUGCAGCAAGUUCUACGAGUGUACUCCCGACCUGAUGAAUCCUGACAAGCCUCACACAGUACUGAAGAGCUGCGGCGUUGGCACUCUGUACAACCCCGUCACGAUGAUUUGCGACUUUCCCUCUGCUGUACUCGCCGUUAGGCCCGAAUGUGGAACUAGAAUUGAAACUCUACUUCCUCCUGAGGAUAGAUCACCCAAGUGUCCGCCUGGACAAGUGUACUCCGACUGCGCCUACCCGUGCGGCAAACUCUGCCACCAUUUUAAGAAGACACUCUUUGAGAAGGGAGAAUGCACAAUCGACCAGGAUUGCGUAAAAGGUUGCAUAGACGAAUCGGUGGCACAGAUCACAUGCGAUUUCGAAUCGCUAUGGCGCGACGAGAAAACUUGUGUACCUAAACGAGACUGUACCUGCUAUUCCAACGGAAAAGUUGUCAAGCCGGGUGGCACAGUAUCAGACGGCUGCCUGAAGUGCCAAUGCCUCAACGACGAGCUGCAUUGCGACACAUCCGCCUGUAACACAGUACCCCCCACUGCCCGUCUUCAGUCCACCACAGAGACACCGCAUACCUUCUUCGCCACAGAGACGACGCAUACAUUCUUCACCACCUCUUCACCACCGCCUGAAUGCGCUCCUGAUGGAUACAUAAAUCUUUUAUGGGGCGACCAACCUCUGCCAGAAACAUCGUUCAACGCCAGCAGCCAAUACAGCGAUUCCUUCAAGCCUCAGUAUGCCAAACUCGACGCGAACACUGAUCAAAAUGGUGGUUCCUGGGCGCCAGCACCAGACGACGUGCAUCCUUACUUCAAAGUGACCUUACCGCGACGCGAACCCAUUUAUGGCGUAAUCAUUCAGGGCAGUCCACUUUUCGACCAGUACAUUACCAGCUAUAAUAUUAUGUACGGAGACGACGAUUUUACGAUGUCUACUCUUAAUGGGCCGGAUGACAAGCCAAAGGUAUUCCGGGGCCCAGUAAACAGCAGGACACAUAUGAAGCAGAUGCUGGAGCCACCAAUCGAGGCCAAAGUGGUGAAAAUCAAUCCGCUGACGUGGAACCAGGAGCCUGCACUGAGACUUGAAAUCAUUGGAUGUAGAGAAGUUACAGAGACCCCCACUACCACUGCGCAACCCUUGCAAUGUACGGACAUUAUAGGUCUAGAAGCGGGCCUACCAGUUGAAAAUAUCGAAGUAAGCUCCCAUAACGAACUGAGGCAACAACUGGCGCUUGGCAGCGACGAAGGCUGGCGCCCGUUAUACAGCACGCCCGGAGAAUGGAUUAUGUUCGACUUUACAUCACCGCGCAACAUAACAGGCGUCAAAACCAAAGGCGGUACUAGAGGUUGGGUGAAUACGUACAAAAUUAUGUACACCUCGGAUCUGUCCAACUUUAACCCUGUGAUCGACUCAAGUGGCGCACCCAAGGAGUUCCCUGGCAAUUUUGAUAAAACCACCGAAGUCAUGAAUGAGUUUCGGCCACCGAUACAUGCGCGGUAUUUCAAAGUUUUGCCAUUGAAAUGGAACGGUAAUAUUGAGAUGAAGAUUGAGCCAAUUGGAUGUUUCAUGCCUUACCCAAUAUCAACGACGAUACAACCUCCACUGUCUACUCCUGGCAUAUGCAAGAAAUGCCCUGGCGUAGCCACCGAAACAUGCGACUGCAACUCCGUCACGGGAAAAUACUUCGACGGCGAGCGCUGCGUGACACGCGACGAGUGUCCUUGUAUACACAAUUCCAUGCCGUACCCUGUAGGAGCAACAUUCCGUGGUACAAACUGCGACGAUUGUGUGUGCAAGCUUGGCGGCAUAUCAGACUGCAAACCGAUUAAGGAAUGCAAAUGCGCGAGUGAUCUGGUCCCGAAACUGGUGACAGCAACGUGUGAAUGCGUUUGCACGCCAUGCCCCGAAAACACUCGCAUUUGUCCUACAAGCAAAAUAUGUUUACCACUUGAACGCUGGUGCGAUGGCCUUCAAGACUGUUCCGAUGACGAGCAAGAUUGUACCAGUACCACAACAGCUACUCCAUUCACGACUCCACCAGCGGUGACAACAACAGUGGAACCAACACAGACGUCUGUUAAAACAUACACUAAUAAUGUUGUUGCCACUACUUUCACUCCCGUUACCACACCUAAACCAAGCGAAUGUCCAAAAGAAGAAUGUGCACCUGGCUACUUACUGGUAUACACUAACUCUGCUACAUCUAUAUCCGGGAACGAGCUACCUCCACCACGCCCUCGCUACUCCUACUCGCGUUACGGACCCCGAAACGGCGGCUACACGGGAACGAAAAGCGUUUACACAAAGAGCGUAUACUCUAAAGGGGGAUACAGUGGCUCUAAAGGUGGUUCUGGAUAUGGAACAGUGACCCCAACGCCAUCGACAAACCAAGCGUUCACAGUGGUUAAGCCAACUCUGACAAACACAAUCAGUUCAACCGAGCCGCAGUGCCGUAAGUUCAAGUGCGUGCCCCCGCCACCCUCACCGUACAAACCGCCAACACCUUGCCGCCCGCCGGCCUGUCCGCCGUACUACACGCUGAAGCCUGACACCACGCCUGUCGCUAUUGGAGAAUGUCCGCAGUACUUGUGCGUCCCACCAUCGGAACAAAUCGCGUACUGCAACGUGACAGGCAGGACAAUAAAUUCAUUUGACGGAUCCGGGUACAAGUUGGACCUCUGCUUCCAUAUGUUGGCCAGGGAAAACCGGUUCAACGCGUGGAGCAUUUUCCUCCACAAAAUCUGCACACCAAACGGAUGCCACAACGAACUCAUUUUAAUGCAAGACACAGAACUCAUAAUAGUGAAACCAAACCUGUCAAUAAUGUACAACGGCUACCUGUACAACAUUGAUCAAAUGAGCAUGAUCUGUUUCCAAAAGAACAUGUUCGAUGUCGUCAAGAUCGGCAAUGGGCUAGCCAUUAAAUCUAGAAAACAUAAUUUCGUUGUUUUCUACACUGAUGAUGGCGAUGUUAAGAUAGGGAUAAGUAAAAACUACGUGGGUGCCGUUGACGGCAUAUGUGGCGCGUUCGACGGCAAUCCGGCGAACGACCGCCGUUUGCCCGACGGGCGCCUGGUCCCCACACUGGACGAGUUUGCACAGGGUUGGGCCAAGCCUGGCAUGUCUCCCAACGCUUGUGCUCCACCACCGCCACGUGAUAAGCCAAAAGUCUGGGAACUUUGCGACGUCAUCACCAAAGAACCAUUCACGCGAUGCGCGAAAGUACUAGACCUCAAAAACUGGCGCAACAUCUGUGCGGAGAAAGUCUUCGAGUGUUCCGAAUUGGUCACCAAUGGAACCAAAAAGUCUCUGGCCGAAUGUAAAUGUCUGGUUCUUGAUCGACUGGUGGCUGAGUGCUUGGCUGGGGACAAGAAUGUCGAUCUUGCGGGAUGGAGGAUCGAUACUAACUGCUUGAUGGAGUGCAAACCACCACUAGUGCAAUACGAUUGCUACCGCAAGCGCUGCGAACCAACUUGUUCAUCACUAGGCGAAAGCAAAACAGGCCGUAUGGGUAUUAAGGAUUGUCCUUCGGAGGACGGCGUAUGCUUCCCCGGCUGCUACUGUCCAGAAGGCACGCUAAGGGAAGGUGACGCCUGCGUUGCACCUUCGAAGUGCUUCGACUGCUCGUGUCGCACCACUGGGACUUCGUCCAAUGUCAUGUCGUUCGAAGGAGAUGUGUUACCGGUCCAUGGCAACUGCUCCUACGUCGUCUCGUCUUCUAGGAAGUUCUUGGUCGCUGUGACUUACCAUCCGUGCAAGAAAAACAACUCAACGUGCACGAAGGCGUUGUACUUUAUGGCGUACAGCGGCAGCGGCGACAGAAAUGCUCAAGUUAUCAAAGACGAUGCCGCGAACAAGUUACUUGUAUUAGUGAACCAAAAGCCCGUGUUCAGUGACGUCAGCGAGGACUGGAUAACAGUCAAGUGGCACAGCGAUGAUGAAGUCACCAUCUCUCUCACGCAAGUUCACCUCGAGGUAACAAUUAGUGCAUCUAACAUGGACUGGAGCCUACGUGUACCAUCGCACUUAUACGCCCAGAACACCAGGGGUUUAUGCGGCGUGUGCGCAUCGGAGAACGAACAUUUGGUCACCAGGAACGGUACUGUCACUGAUGAUUUCUUGGAGUACGGCAAGAGCUGGCAGGCAACUCCUGAGGAGCUGGUAAAGCUGAAGGUGCAAGAACCAGAGAUGUGUCAAAACGACUUCCCGGCGCCUCCGCCUGAAUGUAAGACUCCUCCAGCUGAAGCAAACCCGUGCAAUAACUUGCUUAAUACGGAUAAGUUUGGCAAAUGUCACGCGCUUAUCGACCCGCAUUCAUAUGUCCAAGCGUGCGAGGAAGAAAUGUGCGCUCAUAAUUCGACAAAUGUGUUAUGCGAAACAUUAGAACGCUAUGCAGCCGUGUGCAGGCAGGUCAGUGUGUGUCUCGAUUGGCGCGAUGGACUCUGCCCACACAAUUGUGAAGCGCCAUUCGUUUACAACAAAUGCGUCGACUGCGAGCUGUCAUGCGAUAACUACGAGGAAAUGGCCGCCAACUCAAAAGCUUGUAGUCGACCGCUGAAAGAAGGAUGCUUCUGUCCACCUGGCAAGGUUCGAUUGAACAACACUUGCAUUGAGCCUACGAAAUGUUUCCCUUGCGAUGCGGAUAAAGAACACUUUGCUGGCGACGAAUGGAAGAAAGACGCCUGUACAACAUGCAAAUGUAGCAAAGUCUCUGGAGGCAACACUACCCAGAUAUCGUGUACCACACAAGUAUGCGCCACUACCGUCUGCGCGGAGAACGAAGAUCUUCACACCAAGCCUAUUAAACCGGGAGAUUGCUGUCCGCAAUACUUGUGUGUGCCGAAAUCCAUACAGAAAAACUGCGUAGAACCGAAGAAGAUGGAGUGCAGCUUUGGCCAAGUCCUGAAACAGAAGACCAACUCUAUUGGUUGCACAGAAUAUGCUUGUGAAUGCAAGCCCCCGAGCGAAUGCGAACCAAUCCCGGGCCAGGACGAAGUGGAAAUUCUCGAUCCAGGGCUAGAAAGGGUGAUCGAUGAUAGCGGAUGUUGCCCACGCGUCAUCGUCGAAUGCCACAAGGACAAGUGCCCGAAGGCAAUUGAGUGUCCGCAAUUCCAUACACGGCUGACUAAAGCGAACGACGCUUGUUGCCCCAAAUAUGACUGCGAGGUACCCAAGGACAAAUGCAUAGUGCAAUUGGAAUGGGAAGCAGCCCCGAAAGGUGGAGAGAGGCCGCGUGAUGUGCGUGAAAUUUUACUCAAAGAUAAGCCAGAAUAG